AUGCUAAAUCAUUAUGCAAAUUACACUAUUGAGCAGCACGUCCAAAUGAUAAAAUUGUAUUAUCAAAAUAAAUGUUCGAUAGUACAAAUUUUGCGCUCGUUACGUCCAUUUUUCGGCCAACAUAGUAGCACUUCAAAGACGACUCUCCAACAUUUAGUGGCGAAAUUUGAAACAACCGGUUCGAUAAACGAUCAGUUAACACUCGUACGUCAAAGUAAUACCAUAUCGGCCGAAAAUAUUGCCGCUGUACGUGAAAGUGUGCAGGAGAACCCGAGACAGUCAAUUUCUCGCCGAGCACAAGAACUCGGUCUUUUACAGUUUUCAACUCGGCGAAUUUUGCGCCGGGACUUAGGCUUACACCCGUACAAAACCCAACUGACCCAGGAGCUCAAAAUUAAUGACUAUAGACAAUGCCGAUUGUUUGCUGACUGGGUUUCGGAGCGUUUGGAAAAGGACCCUAAUUUUGUCCGAAAUCGUCAUCUUUAA